AUGUUUUCAAGCAAGAAGGAUGAGGAGAAGCCGUACUCGGAGACGUCCGAGGACGCCUCCUCGAACGUGCAGGUUGCGACGGUGCUGGACAACAGCGACCAGCUGAAACGAAACCUGGGCAACCGCCAGAUCCAGCUCAUCGCCAUCGGAGGCUCGAUCGGGACUGCCACGUUUGUUACCAUCUCGACGGGGUUGAUCAAGGGCGGGCCGGCAGGUCUGUUCCUGGGCUACACCAUCUACACCAUCAUGAUGGGCCUGGUCAACAACUGCAUGGCUGAGAUGGCUGUCUUCAUGCCUGUCAGCGGCGCCUUUAUCCGCAUGGCUGGACGCUGGGUCGAUGAGUCGUUUGGGUUCAUGGCUGGCUGGAACUUCUUUCUCUUCGAGGCCAUUCUCAUUCCAUUUGAGAUAUCUGCGCUGAACCUCGUGCUCACCUAUUGGAGCGAUAAUAUCCCUGUCGAGGCUAUCAUCGUCGCCUGUAUUGUGCUAUACUUUCUGAUCAAUGCUUUCGCUGUCAAGUGGUACGGUGAAGCCGAAUUCUGGUUGGCUACCGGCAAGGUCUUCCUGCUGCUGAUCGUCUUCCUCUUCACCUUCAUCACCAUGGUCGGCGGCAACCCCAAGCAUGACGCAUACGGGUUCCGCUACUGGAACAAGCCGGGCGCCUUUGCGGAAUACAUCACCACCGGCGCGCUGGGACGGUUUGAGGGCUUCCUGGGCGCGGUGUGGAGCGCGGCGUUCACCAUCGUCGGCCCGGAGUACCUGUCCAUGGUUGCGGGCGAGACAAAACUGCCCCGGCGGUACCUGAAGACGGCGUUCAAGACCAGCUAUCUUCGCUUCGGCUUCUUCUUCAUCGGCAGCGCGAUCUGCGUCGGCAUCGUCAUUCCAUACAACGACCCGACCCUGCUGGAGAUCACCAGCGGCUCGUCGGGCGGCUCGGGAACGGCCUCCGCCUCGCCUUACGUCAUCGCGAUGAAGAACCUGGGCAUCUCAGUGUUGCCUCACAUCACCAACGCCCUGCUGGUGACCAGCAUCUUCUCCGCAGGCAACGCGUAUACUUACUGCGGCUCGCGUAGUCUGUACGGCCUGGCGCUUGACGGCCACGCGCCCAAGUUCCUGCGCAAGUGCACCAAGAACGGCGUGCCCAUCUACUGCCUCUGCAUCACCAUGUUGUUCCCCUGCCUCGCCUUCCUCGAGGCCUCCAGCGGCGCCGACAAGGUGCUCACCUGGCUGGUCGAUCUGCUCACCGCCGCCCAGAUCAUCGACUACAUCAUCAUCUGCACCACCUACCUCUUCUUCUACCGCGCCUGCCGCGCCCAGGGCAUCGACCGCAAAACCCUCCCUUACUGCGGCUGGUUCCAGCCCUACAGCGCCUGGAUCGCCCUCGUCUGGAUGGUUGCUGUUGUUUGCGUGUACGGGUACACCACCUUCCUUCCCGGCCACUGGAGCAUCGCCGACUUCUUCACCUACUACACCAUGGUCAUCAUCGCCCCCGUCCUCUUCUGCGGCUGGAAGCUCGUCAAGCGCACCAAGUUCGUCAAAGCCUCCGAGGCGGAUCUCGUCUGGGACGCCCCCGUCAUUGACGCCUACGAGGCUACCUACAUCGAAGAUGCACCGGGCUUCUGGACGGAGAUCCUGCAGAUGUUCGGGAUGCGGAGGAAUCGGACAUCGAAAGAGGUGGAAUAG